UUUCACCAUGUUGGCCAGGCUGGUCUCGACCUCCUGAUCUCAGGUGAUCCACCUGCCUCGGCCUCCCAAAGUGCUGGGAUUACAGGAUUACAGGUGUGAGCCACCACACCCAACCUGAAUUCGAACUUCUAAAGAGCUUAAUUUGGCACAAGAUAGGUGGAGGUUAGACCAAAGGGAGCAUUUUCUAGUGGUCCAGGUAGGUAGGUAUCAGAAUAGAAAAAAGGAGGCCAGAACAGUUUACAGGUUUGAGUUCGAGGCUAGAGGCAGCUCAGCUUCCUGAAUAAGCCUAGGUAGAGGAACAGUUGGCCUGCGUGAGGAGGAGGGGAAGAGAGGCUGUGGGCGGGAGAGGAGAACAGUGGCGGAGAAGCAAGGCUGAGAAAGGGAAGGCAGAGCGGGAGGAGCCCAGGAGGGAGACCCUGGGAGGAGAAGGGAGGACAUGGAGAGAUCAGGAGACAGGAGGAGGAUGCGAACAAUAGAUGAUUGGGGAUGAAGAGGAUGCAUAAGGGGAGAAGGGAUUGACCCCAAGACCUCUGGGCUCUGGACAUCAUCAGGCAAACCUGGAGCUUGGGAGGAGAAGCAGGAAAGAGAAGGAUCUUGGGCCACCAGGAAGCUCUGAGACCCUAGGCACUGCAGCCCCAUGCCCUCUGUCCCUGCACUGUUGACUCAGCCCCUCCACACUUCCCCUUUCUACCCUUUUCUGCCCCAAGCACCAGGGCCGUGCAUCUCUUCCCCUCCUCCACCUCUCAGCUGCUAGCGAGGCCUCGGCUGAGUCAGUACUGGUCUCCUAGAGUCCAGGCUGAGUGCUUCCCGCUGAGCUAUAAUCCUCUGUCCCCAGCCCAGGUCCUCUGACUUGGGGCUUCUACCCUCAGCCAUCUGGAUCCUGCUCUUUGAUUUCUGAGAGCCUGAGAAACCUUGGAGGGAGUGGUCUUCUCAGCUUCUAGUCCUGCUCCAAGAGGGGAGGGGAAAAUCCAGAGAUCGGAGGUCACAACUGAGGAAGGUCCUAGAAUAGUGGGAAGAGUGAUAUCCCCCUCUUCUCACCUUCUUAGGCUUUUUGGGAAUCGCAGGGGCUUAAAGAGGGACGGAUUGGAGGUCAGGGAGAAUGACUUGACUUGCAGAGGCAGGGGCACUGGGGGAAAUGGGAGACAGCAGAGAUGGGAAACACUGGCUCAGAGGCUCCGAGGAAGGUGUGCGCCAUCUCUGCGGAGACCAACACUGAAGGAUGAAGGGUAGAUAUCAGAAAGGACUUCCUAGGAUGGGAGAGACCAGUUGGGUGAGGAGCAAUUGAGGAAACUCUCCUUGGUUUUAACUCUAGAGAGUAGUAUGAGAGGGAUAAAAGUUAGACUACAGGAGAGAUUUUCCGCUGGAAGCAACCGAGAUGGCUGGCUGAGCUUACUUCCUUAAAGAUUCCAGAGUGGAAGAGUGACCCAAAGGCAGCUGCCUUCGCCUUGAGACCCGGGAAAAGGAGAAGAUGAAGGAAGCCAAGGAUGCCCGCUAUACCAAUGGGCACCUCUUCACCACCAUCUCAGUUUCAGGCAUGACCAUGUGCUAUGCCUGUAACAAGAGCAUCACAGCCAAGGAAGCCCUCAUCUGCCCAACCUGCAAUGUGACUAUCCACAACCGCUGUAAAGACACCCUCGCCAACUGUACCAAGGUCAAGCAGAAGCAACAGAAAGCAGCCCUGCUGAAGAACAACACUGCCUUGCAGUCCGUCUCUCUUCGAAGUAAGACAACCAUCCGGGAGCGGCCAAGCUCGGCCAUCUACCCCUCCGACAGCUUCCGGCAGUCCCUCCUAGGCUCCCGCCGUGGCCGCUCCUCCUUGUCUUUAGCCAAGAGUGUUUCCACCACCAACAUUGCUGGACAUUUCAAUGAUGAGUCUCCCCUGGGGCUGCGCCGGAUCCUCUCACAGUCCACAGACUCCCUCAACAUGCGGAACCGAACCCUAUCAGUGGAAUCCCUCAUUGAUGAAGCAGAGGUAAUCUACAAUGAGCUGAUGAGUGACUUUGAGAUGGAUGAGAAGGACUUUGCAGCUGACUCCUGGAGCCUUGCUGUGGACAGCAGCUUCCUGCAGCAGCAUAAAAAGGAGGUGAUGAAGCAGCAGGAUGUCAUCUAUGGUGAGCCAAGACCACCCUAGUCUUCCUCUUCCUUCACCAGGUCCUGUUUACGUCC